AGAGUCUCUGCUGCUGGGAUUCAGACCAGAUUUCCCCCCAAAAUUCUCAGGCUGUUUGCUUGAAUACCUGCUUACAGUGCUACACAAUGGGCAGCUUUGAGAAGAAAAAUUGAUAAUCUUCACGGAAGAGUAAUUUGAAUGAAAUUGCACUUGACAGCCUGUCUGCAAGCAAACAAGAGGCGCGAGGGAGCCUUCGCUAAGCUCCGAGGACUUGCCCCAGCCACGGCUGCGGGAGCCUCCCAGGGGCAGAAAAUCACCAGGCUCUCCAGCGUCUAACUGAGCUUUUGAUUAAUCCCGAGGACCAGAGCGUACCGAAGAAGGGUAGCCAUGGAGGAGAAUAUGGAAGAGGGGCAGACACAGAAAGGGUGCUUCGAAUGCUGUAUUAAAUGCCUGGGAGGCAUUCCCUACGCCUCUCUGAUCGCCACCAUCCUGCUGUACGCUGGUGUGGCCCUGUUCUGUGGCUGCGGUCAUGAGGCGCUCUCCGGAACGGUCAACAUUCUGCAGACCUACUUUGAGAUGGCAAGAACUGCUGGAGACACGCUGGACGUCUUUACCAUGAUCGACAUCUUCAAGUAUGUCAUCUACGGGCUGGCGGCGGCCUUUUUCGUCUACGGCAUCCUGCUCAUGGUGGAGGGCUUCUUCACCACCGGUGCCAUCCGCGACCUCUACGGGGACUUCAAGAUCACUGCCUGCGGCCGAUGCGUCAGCGCCUGGUUCAUCAUGCUGACAUACCUGUUCAUGCUGGCCUGGCUGGGGGUGACGGCCUUCACCGCCCUGCCCGUGUACAUGUACUUCAACCUGUGGACCAUCUGCCGGAACACCACCCUCGUGGAGGGCGCCAACCUCUGCCUGGACCUGCGUCAGUUUGGGAUUGUGACAAUCGGAGAGGAAAGGAAAAUUUGCACCGUCUCUGAGAACUUCCUGAGGAUGUGUGAGUCCACUGAGCUGAACAUGACCUUCCACUUGUUCAUCGUGGCGCUGGCUGGAGCGGGGGCAGCAGUCAUUGCCAUGGUUCACUACCUUAUGGUUCUGUCUGCCAACUGGGCCUAUGUGAAGGACGCCUGCCGGAUGCAGAAGUACGAGGACAUCAAGUCCAAGGAGGAGCAAGAGCUGCACGACAUCCACUCCACCCGCUCCAAAGAGCGGCUCAAUGCCUACACAUAAGCGUAGCCUUCCCGGCCUGUCCCGUUCCAACGCAUUGGUGUUCAACCCAGGGCUGCCUGACCACCGACCUUCUGAAACUAAAACGGAAGUGCUUCUCAUCAACGACACGGAGGGUGACUUAGGAAUCACCCGAACCCACCUCUUGUUGUCCAGCACUUCAUUUCCGAAUUUGUGAAACUGGUGUAAUCAGACCUCUUCCACAAGCUCCUAUCCAGCCUUUUUUCUUUUUAAAUUUUCUCAAACUCAUUUAAUAAUUCUUAAGAUCAAGGAUACUGGCACCGUCCAAUGCAGAGAUUUAGUUGAUUCUUAUCCACUUCCCUUGUGUUAUACAUGAUACCUUUUGCAUUAUUUCUUAUGUUUUGAAAUAAAAUAGCUUUUUAUACUUUUCGGUUUUAAUUUCGGUAACUAGUUUAACUACAGGUAACCUUCAAAGGGACCACUGUACACUCUGAACCAUAGAGAUGAUGUUCUGCCGACCCUUCUUGAAACACGGAGAUCUUGUCUGAGGACCAGGGCCACGUCACACUAGGCCCUGGUUAAUGUCUUCAUCAAUCUAAGGUGCAAUUUCUAAAUUUGUAAGAGUAGGUCAAAAAAAAAGUGCUUCUUAUCUUUGUUAACACUGUAUUUUUUCCUGAUGUACUGAAGAGGUAUUUCCCUCUGGUUCUUCAAGUUUUUGUUGUGAGCAUGUAGAAACCGUGACGCUAAUGCAUGGCCUGCCGCCGUUUUAAGGUUGUGACGCCAGGCACACCUUUUAAAGUGCAGUCUAGAGACCAUUUUAAUGGCAAUAACCAGUGUGGACUGUCUGAGAAGGAUCUCUCUGUGGCUUGAGCAGUGGCUGGAUUGGAACUUUAACAGGCUAACGUGGAACAUGAAUUACCUUCAUGAAGGCGGUGGAUGAGAAAUAAGCACACUCACCCCUCCGAAGUUGUUUUACCUACUUUAAAAGGGUUCAUUAGAUUGCACCUCUGUAAACUAUCCCUCAAAUGUGUAUGAUAUAUUUGAAAAGGCUUCCAUUAAUAUAAUAGAGUUGCUUGCAGCCUUCCAAUCUGUGUUGGUUUACCUGUAGUGUUUUUUAAAGUAUGGCUAGAGGCCACCGCACAGUGUAACCUUCCGAGGUGUAGUGGCCUAUUUGUGCUUUUAUUUCCAGUAAGUCAUUUUAACCAAAUGUUCAUUCAUAUUCAUUUAUAAGAAGUACCUAUAUCAAAAGAAUAAAAAAAAACUGCAAUCAGUAUUACUGGACCAAAUCUGGUGUUUGUUUUAACCUUGACUCUUGAUUAUUUCUAAUGCUACAAGAAUGCUGUAAAGUGUCUUUGAAAAUGCUGUCUCCUGGCAAGACAUUUUGAUCAGUGUAUAGAAACUAGAUAGAACUGUGCACUGAUUUGACCAUUGUGAAAACUUUUCUGGGUAAGUGCAUUUCUAAUAAACUUUAUUGAGUGAAACAAUCUUUGUACAAUGGCUAGUCACGCAUCACCCAUAAUUUUACAAGUUCUUGUAGUACAUAGGGAUAUUACUAGGGUUCUCUGUGGCAUGAAAAUGCAUCUGUAGUAUUAUUUAAUUAAUUUGGGGUUUCGCUUCUCUUUUUUUAGAUUACCUUACUGGUUCAACAUUUUCUGAUAUAUGCAGUAUUACAGACAUUCAGCAAAAGUAUUAAUGGGCUUCUUUAAAUUGUAUAUGAUAGUGUUUCAGUUCUGUGUCUUAACAGUUUGUGAUGAUUUUUAAAACUGUCUUUCAAACUUAUGUAAUGAUGUUGAUGCUUUUGCCUUUUUCUUUUUCCCCUGGUAUUAGAGUUUGUAUUUUCACAAAGAGUGCUUUGUAGCAGGCAUUACAAUUAAUCUGUUUUGUACAUAAAUGUGCCAACAGCUCGAUGGUGGCGUUUUUGAAAUGUAGAACCAAGUGCUUGCAAACUGUAAUAAAUACACCUGUGUACUUUGUGUACUUAUGAUUAA